GGAGGAGGAGGAAGCCGAAGGGGCUCGGCGCGUGUGUGUGCAUGUGUGCAUGCGUGUGUGAGUGCAUGUGUGUGAGUGCCGCCGCUGCCCAGGACCCCCGGCCCCGAAGGUGUUGGCUGAAAUAUGGAGAAUAGUCUCGGAUGUGUCUGGGUACCCAAGCUGGCUUUUGUACUCUUCGGAGCUACCCUGCUCAGCGCACAUCUACAAGUCACCGGUUUCCAGAUUAAGGCUUUCACAUCACUGCACUUCCUAUCUGAACCUUCUGAUGCCAUCACAAUGCGGGGAGGAAAUGUCCUCCUGAACUGCUCUGCAGAGUCUGACCGAGGCGUCCCAGUUAUCAAGUGGAAGAAAGAUGGCAUCCACCUAGCCUUGGGAAUGGACGAAAGGAAGCAGCAACUUCCAAAUGGGUCUCUCUCGAUACAAAACAUACUUCACUCCAGGCACCACAAACCAGAUGAGGGACUUUACCAAUGUGAGGCAUCUUUAGGAGAUUCUGGGUCAAUUAUUAGUCGGACAGCAAGAGUAGCAGUAGCAGGGCCACUGAGAUUCCUUUCCCAGACAGAAUCUGUCACUGCCUUCAUGGGAGACACUGUGCUACUCAAGUGUGAAGUCUUUGGGGAGCCUAUGCCGACAAUACAUUGGCAGAAAAACCAACAAGACCUGACUCCAAACCCGGGUGACUCCCGAGUGGUGGUCUUGCCCUCUGGAGCCUUGCAGAUCAGCAGACUUCAGCCAGGGGACAUUGGAAUCUAUCGAUGCUUAGCCCGGAAUCCAGCCAGCUCAAGAACAGGAAAUGAAGCAGAAGUCAGAAUUUUAUCAGAUCCAGGACUGCACAGGCAGCUGUAUUUUCUGCAAAGACCAUCCAACGUAAUAGCCAUUGAAGGGAAAGAUGCUGUCCUGGAGUGCUGUGUUUCUGGCUAUCCUCCCCCAAGUUUUACCUGGUUACGAGGAGAGGAAGUCAUCCAACUCAGGUCCAAAAAGUAUUCUUUAUUGGGUGGAAGCAACUUGCUUAUCUCCAAUGUGACAGAUGAUGACAGUGGAACUUACACCUGUGUGGUCACAUACAAAAAUGAGAAUAUUAGUGCCUCCGCAGAGCUCACAGUCUUGGUUCCGCCAUGGUUUUUAAUUCACCCUUCCAACCUCUAUGCCUAUGAAAGCAUGGAUAUUGAGUUUGAAUGUGCAGUCUCUGGCAAGCCUGUGCCCACUGUGAAUUGGAUGAAGAAUGGAGAUGUGGUCAUUCCUAGUGAUUAUUUUCAGAUAGUGGGAGGAAGCAACUUACGAAUCCUUGGAGUGGUGAAGUCGGAUGAAGGCUUUUAUCAAUGUGUGGCUGAAAAUGAGGCUGGAAAUGCCCAGACCAGUGCACAGCUCAUUGUCCCUAAACCUGCUAUCCCAAGCUCCAGUGUCCUCCCUUCUGCUCCCAGAGAUGUGGUCCCUGUCUUGGUUUCCAGUCGAUUCGUCCGUCUCAGCUGGCGCCCACCUGCAGAAGCAAAAGGGAACAUUCAAACCUUCACAGUCUUUUUCUCCAGAGAAGGUGACAACAGGGAACGAGCACUGAAUACAUCACAGCCUGGGUCCCUUCAGCUUACUGUGGGAAACCUGAAGCCAGAAGCCAUGUACACCUUCCGAGUUGUGGCCUACAAUGAGUGGGGACCAGGCGAGAGUUCUCAACCCAUCAAAGUGGCCACUCAGCCUGAGUUGCAAGUUCCAGGGCCAGUAGAAAACCUGCAAGCCGUAUCUACCUCACCUACCUCAAUUCUUAUUACCUGGGAACCCCCCGCCUAUGCAAAUGGUCCAGUCCAAGGUUACAGAUUGUUCUGCACUGAGGUGUCCACGGGAAAGGAACAGAAUAUAGAAGUUGAUGGACUGUCUUAUAAGCUGGAAGGCCUGAAAAAAUUCACGGAAUAUACUCUUCGAUUCCUAGCUUAUAAUCGUUAUGGGCCAGGAGUGUCUACUGAUGAUAUAACAGUGGUUACGCUUUCUGAUGUGCCAAGUGCCCCGCCUCAGAACGUCUCCCUGGAAGUAGUUAAUUCAAGGAGUAUCAAAGUAAGCUGGCUCCCUCCUCCAUCAGGAACACAAAAUGGAUUUAUUACUGGCUAUAAAAUUCGACAUAGAAAGACAACCCGCAGGGGUGAGAUGGAAACCCUGGAGCCGAAUAACCUCUGGUACCUGUUCACAGGACUGGAGAAAGGAAGUCAAUACAGUUUCCAAGUGUCAGCCAUGACAGUCAAUGGCACUGGACCACCUUCCAACUGGUACACAGCGGAGACCCCAGAGAAUGAUCUAGAUGAGUCUCAAGUCCCUGACCAGCCGAGCUCUCUCCACGUGAGGCCUCAGACCAACUGCAUCAUCAUGAGUUGGACUCCUCCCUUGAACCCAAACAUUGUGGUGCGAGGCUACAUUAUUGGUUACGGCGUUGGGAGCCCUUAUGCCGAGACAGUGCGCGUGGAUAGUAAACAGCGAUAUUAUUCCAUUGAGAGGUUAGAGUCAAGUUCCCAUUAUGUAAUCUCCCUAAAAGCUUUUAACAAUGCAGGAGAAGGAGUUCCUCUGUACGAAAGUGCCACCACCAGAUCUAUAACAGAUCCCACUGACCCAGUUGAUUAUUAUCCUUUGCUUGAUGAUUUCCCCACCUCGGUCCCAGAUGUCUCCACCCCCAUGCUCCCACCAGUAGGUGUACAGGCUGUGGCUCUUACCCAUGAUGCCGUGAGGGUCAGCUGGGCAGACAACUCUGUCCCUAAGAACCAAAAAACGUCCGAAGUACGACUUUACACAGUCCGGUGGAGGACCAGCUUUUCUGCGAACGCAAAAUACAAGUCAGAAGACACAACAUCUCUGAGUUACACAGCAACAGGCCUCAAACCAAACACCAUGUAUGAGUUCUCGGUCAUGGUAACCAAAAAUAGGAGGUCAAGCACGUGGAGUAUGACUGCACAUGCCACCACAUAUGAAGCAGCCCCAACCUCUGCUCCUAAGGAUUUGACAGUCAUUACUCGAGAAGGGAAGCCUCGCGCUGUCAUUGUGAGCUGGCAGCCUCCCUUGGAAGCCAAUGGGAAAAUUACUGCUUACAUCUUGUUUUAUACCUUGGACAAGAACAUACCAAUUGAUGACUGGAUUAUGGAAACAAUCAGUGGUGAUCGGCUUACUCAUCAAAUCAUGGAUCUCAACCUUGACACUAUGUAUUACUUUCGAAUUCAAGCACGAAAUGCCAAAGGAGUGGGGCCCCUAUCUGAUCCCAUCCUCUUCAGGACUCUUAAAGUGGAACACCCUGACAAAAUGGCUAAUGACCAAGGUCGUCAUGGAGAUGGCGGUUAUUGGCCAGUUGAUACUAAUUUGAUUGAUAGAAGCACUCUCAAUGAGCCACCCAUUGGCCAGAUGCACCCCCCACAUGGCAGCGUCACUCCUCAGAAGAACAGCAACCUGCUUGUGAUCAUUGUGGUCACCGUUGGUGUCAUCACAGUGCUGGUGGUGGUGAUCGUGGCUGUGAUUUGCACCCGGCGCUCUUCAGCCCAGCAGAGAAAGAAACGGGCCACUCACAGUGUUGGCAAAAGGAAGGGCAGCCAGAAGGACCUCCGGCCCCCUGAUCUUUGGAUUCAUCAUGAAGAAAUGGAAAUGAAAAACAUUGAGAAGCCAGCAGGCACUGACCCACCUGGAAGGGACUCCCCCAUCCAGAGUUGCCAAGACCUCACACCAGUCAGUCACAGCCAGUCAGAAACCCAACUGGGGAGCAAAAGCACCUCUCAUUCAGGUCAAGACACUGAAGAAGCAGGGAGCUCCAUGUCCACUCUGGAGAGGUCACUGGCUGCACGCCGAGCUACCCGUGCCAAGCUCAUGAUUCCUAUGGACGCGCAAUCCAACAGUCCUACUGUUGUGAGCGCCAUCCCUGUGCCAACCCUAGAAAGUGCCCAGUACCCAGGAAUCCUUCCAUCUCCCACGUGUGGAUACCCCCACCCGCAGUUCACCCUCCGGCCUGUGCCAUUCCCAACACUGUCAGUGGACCGAGGUUUCGGAGCAGGAAAAACGGUGAGUGAAGGACCAACCACCCAACAGCCGUCCAUGUUGCCCCCAACUCAGCCUGAGCAUCCCAGCAGUGAGGAGGCACCAAGCAGAACCAUCCCCACGGCCUGUGUUCGACCAACCCAUCCACUCCGCAGCUUUGCCAACCCUUUGCUACCUCCGCCAAUGAGUGCAAUAGAGCCGAAAGUCCCUUAUACACCGCUUUUGUCUCAGUCAGGGCCUGCUCUUCCCAAGACUCAUGUUAAAACAGCCUCUCUUGGGUUGGCUGGAAAGGCAAGAUCUCCUUUGCUUCCUGUAUCUGUGCCAACAGCCCCUGAAGUGUCCGAGGAGGGCCACAAACCAACAGAGGAUCCAGCCAAUGUGUACGAACAGGAUGAUCUGAGUGAACAAAUGGCAAGUUUGGAAGGGCUAAUGAAACAACUUAAUGCCAUCACAGGCUCGGCCUUUUAACACUUAUUGUUCAAUUGAUGAAGUGAAUUUUCUUGGAACUUUGCAGCAUCCUAAUUACCCAUAAACAGCACACCUGUGUCCAAGAACUCUAACCAGUGUACAGGUCACCCUUAAGGACCACUCAGUUAUGAAGAUCCUGAAGCAGUUCGGAAGGAAUAAGCAUCCCUUCUUUCAUAGGCAUCAGGAAUUUACAAACAGUGACUAUGGGGUCCCUAAAUGAAAGCAAAGAUACAUCUUCACUGCAAUGUCAAAGCUGAAGCUGCUAGAAUAGUCCUGGGUCUUUGCCGCUGCAGUGACCACACUGUCAUAACUAAUGCUUAUGUUUUCCUUCAUUGCAGUCUCUCGUUUUUGUUAUGUGUGGGACUAGUCUUACAAAAUGCAAGUGCAUUAUUUAAGCCUGUACCAUGCCAUGGCAAGUCAGUGCAAGCUCACUAUUUUGUUUUCAACUUUAAAGUACAAAGCACCCACGAGAAUUCUCUCACUACAUAGCACCAAAGGAUUGGAUGUUUUCCUGACAGCACAAAAAGUAAAUAAGUAAACAAACAAAAGGCAGCAAAUGCUUGUUUUGUAACUUAGUCAUUCAUCUUGCACAAGUGGUGGAUAUUAGCAAGUGGCUGUAAAAUUCAUCCGUUUUAGCAAGUGUUUAUAAAUCCACCCUUGGUUAACAUUUAUGUCUGGAGAACAGAAACAUAAAAAUCUGCAACCAGUGGCAUCCUGCCAGCAGCAGUCCAUUUCCUAAAUGAGGAUACAAUAUGCAAUCUUUUCAGACACACUGUAUUUAUGUGCUUAAGCUUGUAACAGGACACUUUUCAAUUUGGGUGGCUUUUGUGCCAUACCACACUGUGAUGACAUUUCAAAGAUUCACCAAGGCCGUCUUCCUCAGGAGUCUGGCUGGAAGAGCUCCUCCCUCCCCCAAGCCCUCCCUGAGUUCUCCUUGGCAGCCAUCCUUGGGUGAGCUGGCCAGCUCCAUACAUCACAUGGCCUCUUGAUCAACAUCCCUGUAACCCUCUGCAUAAAUGGCAGGCUCCCUGAGAACAGGCCCUGAGGAAGGGAAGGAAAAUGGAAGGCAGUUUCAGACAGUACCUUCUCUUGAGUGAUGUCACUUCCACCAACAGGGUCCUCACUGACUCAGAGCAGUACUGGUAAGUGGCAACCACCAAGCCCUAUUGUCAAAAGAAAUUUCUACACCAUUGCUUGCCCAGAGUCAGAGAGGAAGGCACCUCUUGAUGCUUCUGACACAUCGUAAAUCCAGUGGAUAUUUCUCAAAGCUGCAUCUUCAUUGUGAGCUAGAAUUUUAAACUUCUAUUGCCAUGUUUAUCUACAGCUUGGAACUAGGUAAAAUUAAGAACAUUUUGUGUGCAUCCUUUUAGUUUCUAAAUGUUCAGCUACAUUUGGAGUUAAUCCCUGUUUAUGCAGCUGAAUCGCCAAAAGGGAGCUAGUUUGCAUAUUUAUCAGUCAGGCAACUUGAAAAUCCAAUAAGAGAGGUUCAGCUGAAUUAUUCCUUUCAGCUCUGCCUUUGAUUUCAAGCUUGAGUAGGUCAUAAUUUUAAAAGAGCAUGGAAGGGAUAGGAUCUUUACAACCUAAUAGCUCCUUUUAUUAGGUGGGUAAUUAUAUAUGAAUCCCUGAAUGAAAUAUUUUGAGCAAAAUGGCACUGUAACAGAAGUAAUAAUUCAGAUUAUUUUUUUACAGUUUUAUGUCGGGAAGGAAAUCUGAUGUCAAAGAGAGGGCUUGUUCAAAUGGUUCAUUAGAAAGUCCGGUCCAUUUGUGAAAUUAUUCCUUCAACAAGAGUGCUUGUUCAAUUUACUAAGAUUUUCCUGAAGUCCUUCUGAGGAGACAUGUGAUGUUAUUCUAUGGGGAGAUUGCCCUUGUAAAACAUCUGGGCACUUAGGCAGACAACCCUCCACUGACCUGGAGCAAGGCAUUUCCUAACAUAAUACUGAAUCUUACAAAAAUAAUCCAUUAGUUCAGGAAAGAAAAUGUUUAUUAGGCUAGCCUUACCUUCUUGAGGUCCUAGAAUGACUUCUUCUUUCUAGUACUCACAAACAAGGAAUAUUCUCUGAAGGCAUUUGACAUCCAAAGAAGUCAUCCUGACUAGUCAGUUUGGAAUGGGCUGCAAAUCUCAGAUUUCAGAGAUUGAGUCACUUCUUCAAUCUGUAGACUAUAGCUGACAAUCAAGAGAACUAGCUUUUCUUUUUUUUGAGGAAGAUUAGCCCUAGCUAAUAACAUCUGCCA